GUAGUGCUGGGGCAGUGUGCUGAGCUUAGCGAGGAAGCAGCAGCCACCAUGCAGGUGCCAACCAAGCUCUACCCCAAGAACUGCCUGCUGACCGUCAUGGACCGCUACUCGGCCACGGUGCGCAACAUGGAGCAGAUGGUGAUGAUCCCCAGCCUCCUGCGGGACGUGCCGUUGAACGGGCAGGAGCAGCAAGCUCAGGACGGGGCCCCUGAUCUCUAUAAAUACUUCACCAUGCUCAAGGCCAUCCGCGUGGAUGUGGACCACGGGCUGCUGCCCCGACAGGAGUGGUGGUCCAAGGUGGCAGGUGGCAGAGCCCAUGAGUCCGAUCAUGAAGCUGCAGAGACAGAGGACGAGGAGGAGAGGAUCUUGGGGAAGCUGGACCUGGAAGCUCAGUUCCACCUGCACUUUUCCAGCCUUCAUCACAUCCUCACCAAUCUUACCCUGAAAGCUGAGGAGGUGACAAGGAAAUACCAGGAGAUAAUGGGACAGGCCAUGUAGGCCUUGGACUCUAGGGAAGAUCCCUUCAAGUGACAGAAGGCAGACUGUGUGGUGAGGACACGAACACUAGCUCUGAGGCAGAUGGGAAUGGUCUGGACCUGCAGCUGGAAACAAAGGCACCUCGGCGUCCUGGGAUGCUUUCCUGCCUCCCUCAGAGCGCCAGUUUGUGGACUUGGCACAGGUCACCUUUAGAAUGCUUGCUGCUAUUCACAACUCCCCUCACUUCUCUCUCCAGCAGGGGUGGUUGCCAGUGGUUCAUGAGGAGCUCGGCAUUACCUGCCAGUGUGUGGUACGGUAGACCACAAGUUUUCACAACUGACCAAGUUAAAUUCACAUCCUUUCUCUGAGCGGUCAUUCACAUGAUCCUGGACGUUAUGUAACCCACUGGAGCCUAAAAUUCCUCAUCUCUAAAAUGUGAUAGUAUCACUGACCUCACGAGAUUGUCAUGAAAAUUUAAAAAGAUGAAUCAAAAGCCCCUGGCAUGUGAGUGCUAUUAUCAAAGGUUGAUUUUUUUUUUUCCCUCCCCCCUCACCUUGUAUUUACUCUAGCCCUUACUUUUUAUCCUCCAGGACUAAGGGAGAGCAAAGUCCCUUAGGAUGAAUGGCUUACACUCUUGUACCUGCCAAGCAUGAAUGAACAGUACUUUUUAAUUGUUGAAGUAGCAAUUAAAAAAAAACUUGGAUACA